CCGAGAGGGGGUGAUUGGCAGCGGGAGUCGGCGUCCCAGGAGCGGAAAUGAUCGCGUAGUGAGCGGAAGUUGGUGUUGGUCGGCAGCGCAGCGGGUGUCUUGUCGCCGUGUAAGAAGGACGGAAGGGGGUAAACCAUGUCUUCUGUGAUUGCCAAGCCUGCCAUGCGAGGCCUGCUGGCCAAACGCCUGCGAUUUCAUUUAGCUAUAGCGGUUACUCUAGCUUUCUCCGUAGCUGGCGCCUUCAGGCAAUUAGUGGGCGAGCGGAGGAAGAAAGCAUAUGCUGACUUCUACAAGAAAUACGACGCUAUGCAGGAGUUUGAAGUUAUGAGGGAAGCUGGAAUAUUUCAAAGUGUGCAACCAAAGAAAUCGAAGUAAAUUUUUGCAAAGGCACUUUGACAGGAUUAUUCUCUAUUCACGGAGAAAAGACAAUGAAGAUACAAUCUGUGUAUUUUCCAUACUUGAAGAUGUAUCAAUAAAAUGUAUUAACUUCC